CGGUCGCUUUGAGUCAAUGACAACGCUUCCCCCAGCAGUAUGUACUAACAUCACAGGCUACCCACCCGGGCAGGCAGACAAUCCGCUGCUUCUGUGCAUGGGGGAGACAGCGAGAGAGGCACAGGGAGGCAGACUCGAGUAUGGGGCUGCUGUAGAGCUUCAGUCCAUCGAAUAACAAUUAAGCAGGCAAACCGGGAGAGUGUUCUAAAGAUGUCUGGAAACAACUGAAGCCGAAAUGAAUAAUAUUUUUAAGAAGAGGCAGCGGGGGUUGCUUAAGCGUCUGUGCUGUUGGUGCGCCGGGCUGCUCGCUUUAAGUUGGGUGUCACAGCUAAUUAAAGUAACAGGCGAUGGUUCGUCCAGUCCUGGGAUCGAGGGCUGGGCCGCUCGAAGGCUGAUGUCUGAGAGAGAAGACAACCAGACAGAGAGACAGGCCAACUGCACCAGGGCUGCAGUGAACGAGUUUCCACAAGACAUCUUCUCCACAGAGGAGCGCAGGAGAGGAGCUGUGCUGCUGCACGUCUUCUGUGCUAUGUACAUGUUCUACGCUCUCGCUAUCGUCUGCGAUGACUUCUUUGUGCCGUCGCUGGAGAAGAUUUCAGAGAACCUCCAUCUCAGUGAGGAUGUGGCGGGCGCCACCUUCAUGGCAGCGGGCAGCUCUGCCCCGGAGCUGUUCACCUCGCUCAUCGGUGUGUUCAUCACUAAGGGAGACCUGGGGGUCGGGACGAUCGUGGGCUCAGCUGUCUUCAAUAUCCUGGUGAUCAUCGGGGUGUGCGGAGUGUUUGCUGGACAGACGAUCUCCCUGACCUGGUGGUCUUUAUUCAGGGACUCUGUCUUCUACACUUUCUCCGUCGUGGCUCUGAUUCUGGUCAUCUAUGAUGAGAAGGUUGCCUGGUGGGAAUCUCUUAUCCUGAUUUCAAUGUAUGGAGUCUACAUCAUCGUCAUGAAGUUUAAUUCUCAGCUCCAUAGCUUCGUUGAGCAGAGGCGCCCUGGUCGGGGUCAGUCCCGGGUGCUCAAUGGCCGGAGCCAGGACCAGGGGGCUGAGCACAGCCCGCACCCCGAGACCUCCAUGGUGCUGCUGAGGAAGGGGCGGUGCUCUGUGUCGGACUCCUCCCCGGUACUCAUGGUGGACGAGCUGUUCUGUCAGCAGCCUCAUCAGCUGAGCUUCCCCGAGGCGAGCCUGCGCAUCAUGAUCACACAGCACUUCUCCCCUCGAACCCGACUCAGCAUGGCGGGCAGGAUGCUCAUCAAUGAGAGACAGAGGCUGAUCCGCACCAGCAGCCCAGGGGGCAGCAGCUGGAGUGGAGCAGGCCCUGAGACCCCAGUGAAGGAUGGAGGAGGAGGGGUGGCCUGGCCUCUGGAGAACGGGGGAGCCCUGGACAACGAGAGGCAACUCCUGGAGGAACCGAACGAGAGGAGAGAGGAGAGAGAGGGGCCGGAGCAGCGGGAGGAGGAGAGACCCCUGGAAGGAGAAGAGGAGGAGGAGGAGGAGGAAGAGGGGGGUGUCUUCCAGCCCUUUCACAUUCCAGGUGGUCUGUGUGCCCGGGUGAAGUGGCUGGUGUCCUGGCCUCUCAGUCUCCUCCUCUUCUUCACCGUGCCGAACUGCAUGCAGCCGCGCUGGGAGAGCUGGUUCAUGGCCACCUUCGCCAUGUCCACGCUUUGGAUCGGCAUCUUCUCAUACAUCAUGGUCUGGAUGAUGACCCUCAUUAGCUACACGCUGGGCAUCCCUGAUGUCAUCAUGGGCAUCACCUUCCUGGCAGCGGGGACCAGUGUGCCCGACUGCAUGGCCAGCCUCAUUGUAGCACGACAAGGGAUGGGGGACAUGGCCGUGUCCAACUCCAUCGGCAGCAACAUCUUUGACAUCCUGCUGGGGCUCGGCUUCCCCUGGGCAAUGCAGACCUUGGUGGUGGAUUACGGGUCUUCGGUCUUCAUAAACAGCAAAGGACUGGUAUACUCUGUUAUUCUCUUGCUGGCUUCCGUCUUUCUUACCGUGUUGAGUGUGCAUCUAAACAAUUGGAAGUUGGACAGAAAAUUGGGUCUGGGGACGCUGUCUCUCUACACCGUGUUCCUCCUCUGUUCCAUUCUGAUUGAACUGAACGUCAUUGUCAGCCUGCCUCCAUGCCACUAGGGGGCACCGAAGAGUAAGCUGCCAGCUCUCGCUGGCUAAACUCCCACUCAACACAAAGCGGGGGAACAGAAGACAGAAUGAUCCAGCAAGCUCAGGCUUCAGACUUCAAUCUAAAGGGGUUCUAGCUGAGGAAUCUAUUAAUACCCAUGUGCACUUCCAGUCACUAUGUGCAGUUUUGAAAGAAGCACAUGUUAUGACAAAUGUGUGUGAAAUAUAUAUCCCCUUACAUCAUGGAGUCUUAAUAUUCAAUCAUAAGAUCAUAGUAAUUUAUAGUAGAUAAACAUUUUUAAAACAGUUUUUGGUGAAGCGAUCUGUGUACUUUAAUGAUCUAAAUCAAAUUCUGUAUUGUCUCUUUGUCUGGGUGAUUGUAUUCACAUUGGGGAUGAGUAGAUAGUCACGUUGAUAUAAACAUGCCUUUAAGAGGUGUCAGUGUUUAGGUCUUUAAAAUACACUGCACUUUGAAUAAUUCUAUUGUGAUAUAUAUAUUUGUGUGGAGCUUGUUAAAACGUUUUAAAAGCUUGUAGUACUAUUUUUUAAUACUUUUUGUAGCUUACAGAUUCAUGUAUAAAUGUUUGGGUAUUUUAUAAAAUGCGGGUAGCAGAAAUAUAUAUAUAGAAAAUGGAAACUUUGUACGGUAUGAAAUAUCAGUUAAUUUUGUAUGUUGUUUAGAUUCACCUUUGCAUAUAUAUUUAGGUCAUCAAGACCUGAUGACUAAGUUUAAAGCACUCCUGUGGCUUCACUAUAGUCUUUUCUCUACAGAUGGUACACCAGAGUGUAACCAUUAACCUGUCCCCCCUGCAACUCUUUUUUUUCUAUGUAGUAAUUGUUACUGUUAUAUUUAUUACAUCCACUAGGGGGAAGAAUAUGACUGGAUGUACCAGCUGCAGAGAGAAGGCCACAGGGUUGCUUCUGAGUUUUAAAUACUAACCAGGAUGUGACGACCUUAACAGAAAGUGAAUACAAAGUGAAUCUAAACAACAACAAUUUAUUAGUUCAUGGGAUUCAGACCCUUUUAAGAUAAUAUCUAAAGCUGUAUCCACACUGAACGCCAGCGACACGAGCGAAUAAUUCAGAAGUCACUGCAGUCAAAUGGAAGUAUCCACACCCGCAGCGAGCGACGCGAGCACCGUCGCUUUGAGAAAGUUUCGCGUCGCUAAAAUAGAACAUGCGACUGGAAUGAAACUGACCAAUCAGAUGCAAGGUUAUCACCCUUGAAACACGUCAAGCACACGCCUCAAAACACGCCACGCCUCAAAACAAGUCACGCCGAAAAGUUAAGUUAUGAGGUGCAGCAGUAUCUAUUAUUAUAUGAUUGGAAAUUGAAUGACUACAAAGACAUCCAGACGAAAGACAAGGCCUGGGUGGCUUGCAGGCGGUGCAUUUAACAGCACGGAGACAUUUUCUUUCCAAUUAUGCAAGUUGCAUAAAAAUAGGUUUAUUAAUAAGCAAAACUAAACCAGAGCAUAGAGCAGACUACAUAUCCAGCAUUUAAAUGAAAAAUGUGCACUUUUGCUGGCUUUUAAAAAUAACACUUUUAAGAUAUGGCCCUUUUUUUUUUUGGUUUGUUUGUUUGUUUUUAUGAUAAACAGCAUUUUGUUCUCUAAAUUGUUCUGUGGCACAAAUCCAUGACAAGAAGAAGGUCUUACAUAAAGCGAAGUUUUGUGGAGAUUCACCAAACACAUGAAAAUAUUAUCGAGGUCCUACUAUUCUAUACGUUGUAAAACAAAGCCAGUAAUGCGUUUGUCUUCUGUGUGACAUCCCAGCAUUAACAAGCUCAUACACAGUUUUCAAAGUUAUUAUGAGCCAUAUUUAUAAAGCAUGUUCUGUCAAAUUCACCGGACUGUUCUAAAAUGAAAAAUGAAAUAAAAGUAAAUAAUAAUACAAGGUAAGUGGUGACCUGUGAAUAAUAACACAGAUUUUAAUAAUAAUAAUAAUAAUAAUAAUAAUAAUAAUAAUAAUAAUGAAGACAGUGAUUAUGUAGUGCUUAACAACAACAACGUAAUAAUAAUAAUAAUAAUAAUAAUAAUAAUAAUAAUGUUGCACUUUAAAAUACUUUUAAAAAGUUAAACAAAAAGGAUCAAUGAAGAAAUUUGUAAAGAAACACAAUUGAGAUUGCUGUAAGUUGUGUAUAUAAAUGUAUAACAAUAAAAUCAUUUUGAUGACAAUAUCAGUUCAACUAUACUACUAUUGUCCAGCGGUCUGCUGACAGCUGCAGAUGUACCUGGCUUCAAAUCAGACUACUACUACUACUACUGGUACCACAAAAAAAAUACUAAUAAUUAUGAUAGCAAUAAAACUGUUGGAUAUAUAGGGAUGUUCAAUAACUCCGAUCUAUAGAUUUUACAAGUCCAACCUUUAUUUUACAACGGAGUUGCCGGAGGUCAGGGUGGGACCGCCCAUCUCUAGCAUGUCCAAUAGGAAUGCGUGGGCGGGGUCAUGUAUGUAUUUCCAGUCUUUUGGAUCGUUUCCAGGUCGCGUCUGGUGUGAUCGUCACGUCGCUCUGUCCAGUGUGGAUGCAGCUUUAGGGUUAAAAUUAGUCUUCUAAAAUAUUUACAUAAAAAAAAAAAAAAAAACACUUGAGCCCCUUUCACACUGGCACUCCUACCCUGGUCCUGACCCAGGUUCUGGCUACCCGGGUCACAAUCCCGCGUAGUGUGAAACCACAUACCUCGGUCGUACCCAGGUUGACCCAGGUCAGCAGCGACCCACCUCAGGAUGUGGGUCUACACGCUUUGACCCAUGUUGAGCGACACAAAUUGCAUAACGGACGUUCGUAAGAUGACAAAAUAACCGCCAUGCCUGCGUGAAGGUUUCAAUUCUGCAAGGAACAUUUCUGUUUCCUCUGUUUAGCCAUAUUAUUGCUGAUUGAGACACACCUUGAGCCAGAUCACAGCAGGGAUGAAGAAACAUCUGAGCCGACAAUUCAAUCCAGAGAAGCUUGGAUGGAAGCGUCUGGAACAAGCUGCUUCCGGAGCAUUGAUACACGUAUUGUGCAUUUGCUUCUGUCACCCAGGUCGACCCUGCUUCCUCACAAGCAGUGUGAAAUCGCAUAGUCUACCCGCAUGACAGCGGGUCACGACCUGGGCAGAGCAUGCCAGUGUGAAAGGGGCUUUAGAGUCAUACUUCAAUGGAUCUAAAUGAUGCCGGUUUAAUACAGCCAUUAUAAAAACCUUCCCUUAUUUUUACUGAUAGAAAUGCACCGUGCGUUGGUAGAAAUUUGAUUUCCAUAGCCGUGAAAUUGCAAAGCAAGCAAUCUAAACAGUGGACUUUGAAAAUGGUAUUGAAAGUACAUAGUUAACAGAACUCUAGUAUGGUGUGUAUAUAAACUUAUAGUGAUGGCCUGUUAACAUUGUUCUAGAAUUAACAUAGUUUAUAUUCCUACCUGUUGUGUAUAUUCUAUAUUAUUCUCUAUUGUUAGAUAAUUAUUGGCCAGGCUUCUGAAAAGACUCCUGCAGGCCAGAUGUGGGACAGUGAGGUGGGGAAGAAUAUAAGGGUCGCACAGGGCAUAAUGCUUCCCCCAUGGGCAUGAGUGCAAUGGUAAAUUGCUUCCCCACCUCCCCACAAUCAGCUUUCAGAAGUAGUUUCUAUUUCAGUCUAGUUUAAUUGUACACAAAUAGCAAUCUAUUCAUAUACGUUUGCAUUUCAGUGGCUCAAGCUAACAAAGAAACUCCCUCUUACCUGUGUUCUGUGUAAUGCAUGGCAGGUCUGACAUGUGAACAGUGCAUUCUGAGAGAUCUGGUACUACACUAGGUGAAAGAAAGCUCUGUUUGAAGUGUUGCACUUCCUUGGUCACCUGGAGGGAGAAAUGAACCCACCCCUUCAACGCCUUCUUUCAUUAACCAACUAGCUGCUUCGCCUAUUGACUAACGUGGCCCCAAAGAAACCACUGAGGUGACCUAGGAAGUGAAACCAUAACAAACUUCCUGAAAUUAGGGAAGUUAAAAAAAAGAAAAGCAUAUUUGCAUGGGUUUCAUUCAAAACUUGAAAUAUAGCUCAUGGAAAAAGACAAGAGCUGCUUGUGUUAACUACUUUUAGAGCAGAACAAAAGCACUAGUGAGCAGAUUAUUAUAUAGUUAUAGAGUGGUACCAAUACAAUGUGUGGAAGAGCUGUAGGCACCAGGUAUCGUAAGUAUUUCUGUAUUUAAUAAAUGUCUUUUUAUCUUAGAUAGACUUUGUAGAAGAGGGUUUGCAGUUUUACAAUGUCGUUUUUACAGGGCACAGUCACUGCACAAUCCUCUAAAAUUAUUAUAUUACUAGUACAGUUUUGUGUGUAGCCAAAACAUAUAUUAUCACCCAAGAAUUGUUUAGCUAUCACUACAAAGUGAUUUCAAACCACCCUCUGUGUCUUUUUUCAGCGUUGGUGGGUAGGAUCGGAAUGGAUUGUCAGCGGCGCUGCUGCCGAGAUGCUCCUCUCUCUCUUCCUGUAGAGAACCAUCACAAUUAAACUGGGCAUGGCAAAAUAACUUCAAUUCAGACCCCUCUAUUGUGGGAGAGAACAGGGGCUCUGUUUUAAAAAGCCAACAAGCGAAAAGCAUUUAAAAAGAGUGAGAGAAAGAGAGAACUAAAAACUAAGGAGGAAGAAAGACACAAUUAAGCAGGACUUUGGUCUGACUCCUCCUCCUUCUCUGAUUGGCUCAUGCUCAUUCCCAGCAUUCAUUUGGUUCAGUAGGUGUCUAGAAUAACCCUUUUCAAUAUUAGCUUUGAAUGUUUUCCCAUUCUUAUGAAAUCUUUCACAUAUUUAAUAACUGUUUCUAUAUUUAAUAAGUGUUGCACAUAUUUGAUACAUGUUUCUAUAUUUGAUAAAUGUUACAAGUUGGUUUUUAAUAGCUGUUGAAAGAUGAAUCUGUCGCACAAAUGGAUAAUAAUGGUUUUAGGAAAUCGAAUCUGUUUUUGCCAGCAAAACUAAAGAAGCCUGAAGUGGCAGAUGACUCAAUGGCUUUUACUUCUAUUCAGACCCUUCCUCAGAUCCAGACUGUGUUACAUAUAAAGCAGCACAGACACAGGAUACAGGCAGUUUGAGAAGGAGAAUCUUCAAUAUUGGAGCACCAGAGCCCAGAAGCACUCAGAAUAAUUGCAAACACCAUGAAAGAAAAACUAAAGGAAAUGUGAAAAGUAAUUUUAAAUGACACUUGAAGCUACCUUAUCUAUUAAAACUCGGUUCCCGAGGCAGCAAUAACUUCAUAUAAACUGAGCUAACCUAUUUCCACGGAGCUGCACACAUUCUUUAGCAGGCAUUUUAAACAGUCUCUAUUUCUUCCUGUUCUUCCGAGCCAGUUUGUAAUCUCACGUUGGGUCUGGCGGCCACACGAUUAGCCGACACACUUUCUUUACACGAUGUAUCGUAAUAGAGGUCUGUAUGGUUUGCACUGUCAUACAAGACCACAGUUUAGGUGCGUGACCACAACUAGUAUUGUAAGUGGUCUACUAGACUAUUAUAUCAUCUUACUUUGGAAAUCCCAGUAAGUCACUGGUUUAUACUGGUCAGAGCUGGUGGUUUGCUGCUUGUCAGAUGGUUGUACUGGUUCAGGAGACUUGGUGCUGGGUGCCCAGUAAAAGACCAGUAAGAUUUGUUCCAAUUUCACCAGUAUUUGAUAGAAUGUUUAACAUUGUAACUGCCCUAGGCUUGUAUUAGUAGGUAUGGUAAUGAAAUUAGAAUAAUUUGAAAGUCAGAGAUGAGCACAUAGCUUUAUGUUUGUUGAAUUGUGUUAUAUGAACAAUGAUAUCUCUCUAUAGCUAUAUAUAUGUGUGUGUGUGUUGUGCAUAAUUUUUACUAUACUGUAAGUCUGUUAUAAUAGCAGUAGGCAGCUUUAAAUUGCAUUUUCAUUUUUUUUUAAAGCCUAUUGCCUUUUUAUCAUGUUUGUUCUAAUUGCAGUUAAUCAAGUAUUGUGUUGCUUUUUUUUGCUAUAGUUAAGGUGAGUUCGGAAACUGCUUUUCAGUUCUAGUUGCUGCCCACAGACACACAGUAUGUAUAUUUUGCCAGCAAUAAAGAUGUGGCUGUUCACUAGACGACGCUGGCAAUUCUGUAACCACACUUUGGUUAAUCUAGCCUUGUGUUACAUAUGCCUAAGGCUGGAGACUAGAAUUUAAGAGCAGCUUCUGAACUCAGAGCACUUUAACACAAACUAUUUCAAAAAGUAGAAUACACAAGCACACAAAUAUAUGAGGAAUUGCCUUAAGAACAAAUCAGAAUGAUUGCAAACAGCGUAGAAAGGCAAGGGGACCCCAUGGGAAUGCAAUGCAAGGCUAGUCUGAAAAUGUGCUUUGCUACAUUGUUAAAACCGUUGCAAUUAAAAUACUUACAGCUACAAAUAUUCUGUACCCCUCCAUGAAGUUCUUAUGCUGUCAUGCUAAAACACUGAGACUUCUUUUCACUAUUGAUCAAUCUAAUUGACUGCACCUUGCUUGUAGGCCUAUUUUGGCCUUUUUUUGUUUUGCUUCCUGGUCUUGAGAAAUCAUGUGAUUGUGUGACCUUUCAACUCCAGCUGCUUCUAUUUGCUUACGGGGGAAAAAUGUCAAGUGUGCAAGCAAGGUGACAGAUAGUUACAUUGAGCAGCUUCUCAAUAUUAGAACAACAGAACACGUCAGAAUGACGGCAAACCUGACCAAUCUUAAGCCAUUAGUUGCUAUCUGUACUGUGAAGUGCAGCGUGGUACAGGAGUGAAAUAGAGUAAUUCUCUUAACUAAUGUAUUCUUCUUCUUCGUUAGAUUCACUUGUACCUUUUUAAAGCACUUCUGUGGCCUCUAUAAAGAUCUCAGAAACAUGUCUACUCUCUAAGUUCAUCUGGUACAACAGAGUGCCACCAGUAACCUGUCCCCCUGCAACACUCACUACUGGAUGUAGGAAAUAUAUCAGUAAGAAAUACCAUGUUGAACAGAUGUGGUACUUCAUACAUCCACUAGGGGGGAGUGUUGCAGGAGGCAGGUAACACUUGGAGGUGAGACAUGUUCUGCGAGCUCUAUAGAGGCUAUGAUGUGAUUGAAACAGAAAAUUAUACAAAGUGAAAACAGCAGGGAGUCGUUAGGAUAACUCUGAUCUUUCACGUCCAUAUCUAGACGCUCUUCAAGAAUCUCAAAAUAAAAUUUUAAUUAGCUGCUGUUUUAUUUUGCCAAUUGUAAGAGAGUGGGAGUGAUCAUUGCUGAGCCUGCCCUCUUUCCUGGUUUGCUUUAGUCCCUGUUUAAGACACGUUUCCAUCUGCCACUGAAACUGACUUGAAACUGGUUGGAAAUUGAACUCUUUAGUUUCUAUAAGCAGCAGAGAUUCAAUCCAUUUCAAUUGGACUCUGUCUGUCUGUCUGUGUGUCAGUUAGGACUGCAGGCUGGCAGAACUUGAUCGCUCCACAUUGAUGGUGGAAGUGACCUGAUGAGCACCCAAUGUGAAGGACGCUAGAGAGAGAGGCGGGCUUUAAAUCUCUGACUGCAGAAAAUAAUCUGUAGACUGUGAUUAUAUUAUACUGUCCGGGGAAUAUUGGAAGUUGUUGAAUUCAUUCAUAAAUAGAAACUAUACAACAACGUGCUACAUACAGGUUUGACUUGUGUGUCAUGUGUCCGUCUGCAGAGUGGAUUGUAGACUGCAUGUGGAAGCUGCCCCAGUUGAUACUGGGAACGGGAUGAGAUUGAGUUUCACACACUGGAUUCAAGGUGCAGAUGGAAAUGUGGUGUUAGUUCUGCUGUUUUAAACACACACUGUACAGCCAGCAUGCAUGGAAUUUGAAAUGUCUUACAGGUUUAACACUGUUACAAUAAUCCACACAGUUCAAGCAUCAAUUUACACACAAGCGAAUGUACAAGUCUGCUGAUGUACUGUAUUGUGAGCACUAGAAACUCCGAGGCACCUGUGUGACCACGAUAGCUUUGAGACCUUUGUAUCCGUUUCUUAGAAAAACGUCAGUAUCGUAAGAAGGCUUGGGACUGUAUGUUGCUGAGCGCAAUAAACAAGUCUGUGCAAUAACAGGAAACA